AUGGAAGUGCGGCUCGCGAUGGCCGACGACGCGCUCAAGGUGUUUGUCGCGGCGCUGCACUGCCUGGCGCAAGUCGGGAAGGAGCUGUCGAUCGAGUGCGACAUCGGCGCGCGUCGUCUCACGCUGCGUGCGCUCAACGACGCACGCUCGGCCUCGGGCCAAGUGGUUCUCGAUCGCUCUUUCUUUGCCGAGGCGCCCGAGAGUGGCGUGACGUUGCAGGACGUGGCGAUUUCGACGUGCGAGGCGCUACGUGCGCGAUUCCGCGGUCGCACACCUUUUGCUAAGUGUAAAGUGUUUGCCAAGUCGUGCUGCAACGUGUUCCGCACGCUCAAGCACGUCCAGAGCGUCCAAUUGGCGCUCGUCGUGGACCAAGAAGCGCUCGAUGAGAGCGAUGCGAGUCAAGAGGAGAAAGUGUCCCAGAGCAGCAGCAUUCAUAGGAGCAACGACGUGGACGAGGUAGAUCUGGACUGUCUGGCGCUGCGCUGGACGCUGCGCUGUGCCUUUGACAUCACCAAGACGCACGUGAUGAAGGUCCAGUCGUGCCAGAUCAUGCGCGCCGUGUUUGAUCAGCACGCGUGCCCUAAUCACUGGCGGACGCGGCAGCACCACUUGAGUUCGUUGUUCGCGCACAUUCAUCACAGUAGUGAAGUGAGCGUCACGUGCUCGCCUACUCACGUGAAGUUCGAGAGCUACUUUUCGAACGUGACUGAUAGUAAAGCGCAGUUGCAGACAGAGACGGCCGUGGAGAGUGCCGAGUUUAGUGAAUACGUGCUGCAGUCGGCGACAGAGUGGAGUGGGAGUGCGCAGUUGAUCUUUUGUAUCAAAGAGAUCAGGGCGCUCCUGGCAUUCUGCAAGACAAGUGACGUGUUGGAGGUCUCGUUUUACUAUACGACAAGUGGGAGUCCCGUGUUGUUUGCAGCCGAGUCGACGUCGAUGGCCAAGUUCUCUAUUGAGUUGACGCUGUCCACAGUCACGACGUUCGUGCCGGCAUCAUCGCAGUCGUGCAACGAGGAAGAAGUCGCGCUGUGCGUGAACGACACCACGACGAUCAAUGCUGCUGAUAGUCAGACACUGUCACAAUCGCAAUCUUCAUCGCAGGAGAAUCCUCGAUAUCUGACCCAUAGUAAGCGUCCACGGGUGGACUAA